AUGCAACAGCCAGUGCAUUACGUUAGCCAUGUCCUCAGAGGGCCUAAAAUAUGCUACCCCCCGAUCGAAAGGCUGGCUCUUGCCCUGGUCCUGACGGCCCAGAAGUUGCGGCCCUACUUCCAAGCUCAUACGAUCAGAGUAGUAACCGACCAACCACUACGGCAGACCCUAUCCAACUUCGACACAUCGGGUCGCAUGUUGCAGUGGUCGGUUGAGCUCAAUGAAUUCGACAUCCAGUACUCCCCCAGGACCACCGUUAAAGCUCAGGUGCUAGCCGAUUUCAUUUCUGAGCUGAUGCCCGAGGACCAAGCUGCAGGGCGACGAAGUGGCCGGGGCACGUGGACGUUGCACGUAGAUGGCUCUUCCACUUCUGAGGGGGCUGGGGUCAGUUUCGUCCUCAAAGGUUACUCGGGAGAGGCCUAUGAGAGAUCUCUCCAAUUAAAGUUUCGAGCCACCAACAACGAAGCUGAGUAUGAGGCGCUACUCCAUGGUCUACGUCUCGCUCUGGAGUUACAUGUGGGCGACCUUGAAGUCUUUAGUGACUCCCAGCUAGUAACAGGGCACAUCAAUGGGAGCUGUGAAGCCCGAGACCCCACGAUGAUAUCAUACCUAGUGGAGCGGGCCGACGCGCUGGCCAAAUCAGCCUCCACCCGCACCCCUGAGUCGGUCCCGACCACUGAGUCCAUGGUGGUCCUGACCAUACCAACUCACGAGGUCACCGAAACAAAUCUACCUCCGAAUUGGAUAGAAGAGAUCCUCCGCUACAAGGCAGGUGGGAAAGAGCCCGACGAUCCCGCAGCUGCAAGAUGGCUGAGGCGAACUCGAGCGUGGUACUGCAUCAUCGGCGGAAGAUUGUACCGAAGGGCAUUCUCUCAACCCCUCCUGUGCUGCCUUGCACCGUCGGAGGCUGAGGCCAUCCUCGCCGAGCUCCACGAGGGAAUAUGUAGGGAGCAUGUCGAGGCCGAACCCUUGGCCUCCAUCACCAAGAGGCACGUUCAGAACUUCACAUGGAGGAACAUCAUCACCCGGUUCGGGAUCCCAAGGGCUAUCAUCACCGACAAUGGGACCCAAUUCAACAACAGUAAGUUCAAGGCAUACUACCAGUCCUAUGGGAUUCAGCUGAAGUUCAGCUCGGUCGCACACCCCCAGACCAACGGUCAAACCGAGGUGAUGAACCGAGCAAUAAUUGAAGGCCUCAUAAAGAGAAUCUCAGGCGCGCAUAGGGCUUGGGUGGAUGAGCUCCCCAGCGUCCUAUGGGCGAUGCGAACAACCCCUAAAGCCGCCUCGGGAGAGUCAUCGUUCAGCCUAGCGUACGGGACUGAAGCGGUUCCUCCACCCGAGAUGGAAUUCCCGACCUUGCACACCUCCCACUAUGAGCGAAGGCACUCAGAGGAGGGCCUACGGGCCAACUUGGACCUUCUCGAGGAGAGAAGAGCCGAGGCACACCUGCGCACCCUGGCAUACAAGAAAGCGACAGCUCGGAUGUACAACCGGAGGGUCUGUCAGCGACCGAUUCAAGUCAUAGACCUCGUCCUCCGAAAAACAGAAGUGAGCAAUCCGGCCCAACCAAGGGGAAAACUCACACCCAAUUGGGAAGGCCCCUACCAAUCUACGACAUGGUGCGAGAAGGCACCUACAGGCUCGAAACAAUGGAGGGAAGCCCCCUCCUGA